CGUGUGUAUCCCUGUGCUAAUUGUGUUUGGUAUAACUUUUUGUUGUUGUACUUGUGCACUCACUUGUAUGCGAGCGUUUGUGUAUAGGUGGAUAGGGGGAGUACUUGGAGAUGACAGAACACCAUUGUAUGUGAAAGUACCUUGUGAACAAAGUAAGGAUUGUGAAUCAAAUGUGUGUCACAUUUCAGAAUGGGCCCCAGGUAACCCGUAUAGUGAGAGUGAUUCAGAUGAAGAGAUAAUGUGAAUAGAAUUGUUUUGGUUUGCUUUUUGUUUUUGUUUUAUUUGUGUUUUAUUUCUUCUCUUGUGAUAUUCUGAGAGUGAAUAGUUAACUCAUACUAAUAUGUUUGCAGUGUGUAGUCGUAGAAAAGGUUAGUUAACGAGACCAUGUGAUUUCCCAAAAAAUAUGUUGACACUUUGUGUCAAAAGGGAGGAAAUGUGGGAAAUAACCAGUCUUACCUCUGUUUCCUGUAGUGGUUAAGAUAACUAUCUACUAACAGUCAAGCUGUGAAUAGAGGCUGGGGAAAGUGUAUGAUAAGGAAGGGUCAACUUAGGGUUCCACAUAAUGGUAUCUGUUCGUUCGUCGUAAACAUUAGGUAACAUCUAAUGGGGUCAUAAACGUUAUUUCUUGUGUCUGUUCUUGUUUUACUUUGAUGUUUCUGUAUAAAUGGUAGAGCUUUCUUGAGAAACCAGAGAGACACUACUCCACCCACGUCUGUCUAAGACAGAGUUGUCUCAGUGAGGACGCUCCAGCUCGUGUGCAGGCUGUUCAUGACUCACUGAACUGCACAGGAAACUGUGGGAGGAGCAGAGAAAGUGAAAGUGAAACUAUUCUGUGACUUUGCUUCAGUCGCCAUUUUAACUGCGCAGCACGAAGACACAAUGUUUUCUCUCGUGUGAUUGGUCACUGGACUGAACACAGAUCCACAUCAGACGUCCUCCAGGAAACAGGAAGGAGAUUUUCAAUCAACUGAGAAGUAACUCUUUAAAGUGCUUUCAAUACGAUUCUUUUAGUGGAGCAGUGAUAACUCACAGACAGACAGACAGUCUGUUUCUCUCUCAGAAUGACUGAAGUCCAGCAGAUGAGUGAUUGUGUGGAGGAAGACGAGGACAGAGCAGAGUCUCCAGGACCCAGCGGUCUGUCUGUGAAGAGUGACCGGUCUAUGGGACACCCUCCAGGCUUCAGUCAUGAACCUGGAGCCUCAGAGACAAAAGAUCAGAACCAGAGACGGAGAGCAGAGUCUGCAGGACCCAGCGGUCUGUCUGUGAAGAGUGACUGGUCUGUGGGACACCCUCCAGACUUCAGUCAUGAACCUGGAGCCUCAGAGACAAAAGACGAGUUUGCUGUUUCUGUGGACGAGCACAUGUCCUGCUGUCCUCUGUGUCAGGACGUCCUGAAGGAUCCAGUCUCCACCAGCUGUGGUCACCGGUUCUGCAGACGCUGCAUCUCCUCAUACUGGGACCAGUCUGGUCCACAAGGAGACUCCUGCUGUCCCCAGUGUGGGAAAAGACCCAGGACAGGACGUGGACCAAAGAGCAUCAGUGUACAGACAGAUGUUGGUCUGCAGGAGGUUCUAGAUGAACAUAAGAUCAGUCUGAGGAGGAGAUUUGAACAUGUGACUGAAGGAACUAAUGCAAGAGGAAGUAGAACCCCCCUGAACAGGAUCUUCACUGAGCUCUACAUCACAGAGGGACAGAGUGAAGAGGUCAAUACUCAACAUGAGGUGAUGCAGCUGGAGAUGACCUCCAAGAAGAAAAUGGUCCAGGACACUCCCAUCAAGUGCUGCGACAUCUUUAAAGCCUUACCUGACCAGCAGGGGAGCAUCAGAGUCGUCCUGACCAACGGCGUCGCUGGUGUUGGAAAAACCUUCUCGGUGCAGAAGUUCACUCUGGACUGGGCCCAGGGUUUGGAAAACCAGGAUGUGAAUCUGCUGAUUGUGCUUUCGUUCAGGGAGCUGAACCUGAUCAGAGAUCAGCAGCACAGUCUUCUCUCGCUGCUCCAUGUUUUCUAUCCAACAUUAGAGAAGGUCAGAGCAGAGGAGCUCGCUGUCUGUAAACCUUUGUUCAUCUUUGACGGCCUGGAUGAAAGCAGACUCUCACUGGACUUCAGCAGCAGGACGCUGGUUUCUGACGUCACACUCAGGUCAUCAGUCAACGUGCUGCUGACCAACCUCAUCCAGGGGAAUCUGCUUCCCUCGGCUCUCGUCUGGAUAACUUCACGACCUGCAGCGGCCAAUCAGAUCCCUCCUACAUGUGUUGACAGGGUAACAGAAGUACGAGGCUUCACUGAGGACCAGAAGGACGAGUACUUCAGGAAGAGAUCCAGAACUGAAGAUCUGUCCAGCAGAAUCAUCUCACACAUCAAGACCUCCAGGAGCCUCCACAUCAUGUGUCAAAUCCCAGUCUUCUGCUGGAUCAGUGCAACAGUUCUGGAGCACAUGUUGACCACAGAGCAGAGAGGAGAGCUGCCCAAGACCCUGACAGACCUGUACUCACACUUCCUGCUGGUUCAGACAAAGAGGAAGAAGAACAAGUACGAUAAAGGACGUGAGAUGAGUCCACAGGAGCUGAUGGAGGCCGACGGGGACGUUCUUCUGAAGCUGGGGAGGCUGGCCUUUGAACAUCUGCAGAAAGGAGACAUCAUGUUCUACCAAGAAGACCUGGAGCGGUGUGGUCUUAGUGUGACAGAGGCCUCUGUGUACUCGGGAGUUUGUACAGAGAUCUUCAGAAGAGAGAGCGUGAUCUUCCAGAAAACAGUCUACUGCUUUGUUCAUCUGAGCGUUCAGGAGUUUCUGGCUGCAGUCUACAUGUUCCACUGUUUCACCAACAGGAAGACAGAGGUACUGCAGGACUUCUUCAGACAAGAAGACCAUGACAGGAAGAGAUUUAACUAUUAUGAUGAUAAUUAUGAUGAUGAUGAAGAUGAUGGUGGUUACACUUCUCUAGAUGUGUUUUUGAAAGAAGCCAUGAAGAAAUCACUUCAAAGUGAAAAUGGUCACCUGGACCUGUUUGUUCGCUUCCUUCAUGGACUCUGUCUGGAGUCCAACCAGAGACUCUUAGGAGGUCUGCUGGGUCAGACUAAGAACAGUCCAGAAAUCAUCAAGAGAGUCAUCAAGAACCUGAAGAAGAUUAAUACAGAGGACAUCUCACCUGACAGAAGCAUCAACAUCUUCCACUGUCUGACAGAGAUGAACGACCAAUCAGUGCAUCAGGACAUCCAAGAGUUCAUUAAGUCAAAGAACAGAGGAAAGGAACUAUCUGAGAUCCACUGCUCAGCUCUGGCCUACAUGCUGCAGAUGUCUGAGGAGGUUCUGGAUGAGUUGGACCUGAACAAGUACAACACAACAGACGAGGGAAAACAGAGACUGAUUCCAGCUGUGAGAAACUGCAGGAAGGCUCGGUUGAGGGGCUGCAGAUUGUCAGGGUUCAGCUGUUCUACUGUGGUCUCAGUUCUGAAGUCCAACUCCUCCCACCUGAGAGACUUGGACCUGAGUUGGAACCAUCUCCAGGAUUCAGGAGUGAAGCUGCUGUGUUCUGGACUGGAGAGUCCACAUUGUGUACUGGAGACUCUGAAGUUGAGUCACUGCAGUUUGUCAAAGAUCAGCUGUUCUUCUCUGGUCUCAGUUCUGAAGUCCAACUCCUCCCGCCUGAGAGACCUGGACCUGAGUGAGAACUAUGGUCUGCAGGAUUCAGGAGUGAAGCUGCUGUGUUCUGGACUGGAGAGUCCACAUUGUAGACUGGAGACUCUGGGGUUGAGUCGCUGCAGAUUGUCAGAGAUCAGCUGUUCUUCUCUGGUCUCAGUUCUGGUGUCCAACUCCCACCUGAGAGACCUGGACCUGAGUGAGAACUAUGGUCUGUGUGAUUCAGGAGUGAAGCUGCUGUGUUCUGGACUGGAGAGUCCACAUUGUGGACUGGAGACUCUGGGGUUGAGGGGCUGCAGUUUGUCAAAGAUCAGCUGUUCUUCUCUGGUCUCAGUUCUGAAGUCCAACUCCUCCCACCUGAGAUACCUGGACCUGAGCUGCAACCAGGAUCUGCAGGAUUCAGGAGUGAAGCUGCUGUGUUCUGGACUGGAGAGUCCACAUUGUGGACUGGAGACUCUGGGGUUGAGUCGCUGCAGUUUGUCAGAGAUCAGCUGUUCUUCUCUGGUCUCAGUUCUGAAGUCCAACUCCUCCCACCUAAGAGACCUGGACCUGAGCUACAACCAUCUGCAGGAUUCAGGAGUGAAGCUGCUGUGUUCUGGACUGGAGAGUCCACAUUGUAGACUGGAGAAUCUGAAGUUGAGACACUGCAAUUUGUCAGAGAUCAGCUGUUCUUCUCUGGUCUCAGUUCUGAAGUCCAACUCCUCCCACCUGAGAGACCUGGACCUGAGUGAGAACGGUCUGCAGGAUUCAGCAGUGAAGCCUCUGUGUGAUCUUGUGCAGAGUCCAGACUACAGACUGGAGACUGUGAGGUGGAAGAAGGAGUGACGAUGAUGAUGAUGAUGAUCUUCAUCCUGAGUCAGCAGAUCUGGAACAAACAUCAUCUGAAGGACAAAGGUUUUUCUGUGACGUCACUUUUAACGUGGUCAGCUCGGUCCUGUCGUCCUGAACCUGUGACAUUGUUGAGGAAUUUUGGAUUAUUUAAAGAAUGCUGGAUUAUUUGUUAAGGAAUGCUGGAUUAAUCAGAGAUGUUCACCCAUGUCAUCAUUUUUCUAUUUAUUUUUUAUUUGUAUUCUGUCCAUAAUGUUGUGUGUGUGUGACUGUCAUAUGAUGCGGUUCCACAUGGAGUUGAAAUGUGUUGAAACAUGUGUUCACAUGUGUUCACAUGUUCAUCUGUUCAUGUGUUCACAUGUUCAUGUGUUCACAUAUUGUUUUGAAUAUAAGAAAUCUGAAAUUGAAAUAAAAAAAUAAUUGAAGAAAUUACAAAACUUUCUUUUUGCAACCAGCGGAGUCACCCCCUGCUGGCUAAGUACUACUUCCAUAUUACUCCCUUCUUAACCGGAUGACUUCAUCCAUUUUCUCCAAGUAGGUCUAGCUGCAGACCAGGGCCGGCCCAAGUCUUUAGGGGGCCCUAAACAGAAUUUAAUUUGGGAGCCCCUCCUCCAACUAUGCAGAGUCACCUGUACUUGACGAUUAUUGACACGUCACACUAUAAUGUUACAUUAUCAACUGUAUUAAUACAGACAGAUUAUGAAUUACUCUUCCUCUGGGCACAGAUGCAUAAGGACCUCCCUAUUUGUUCAAGAGUGGGUGCAUACAAGAAGAAGGGGUCUGGGGCUCCUCCCCCAGAACAUUUUGAAUCUGGUAGAUGUGAUUUCCUUUAUUCUGGUGCAUUUUUGAUAGCUGGAGAAGGGCAAUACAUAAAUGUGUUCAGACUUUUUGACUUAUUAAGGAAGUGAGUUGGGCUUCAGGGCCCCUUGACCUCUUGGGCCCAGUCGGCUCAUUCUUUAAUCCAUCCUUGCUCACAUGCCAACAAUGUUUUGGGGCUCCCCUCUAGACUUGUGGCCCUUGGUAGACCCCUGUAUUACAAUAGUCACUAUUUACACAAAACCAGACACCUUUUAACCUUAGAGGGCACUGAGAUCACACAUUUAUUUUAAACUUUCAUAUUCAAAGUGAAGCACUAAGUAUGGUUCACUGAAGUUAAAUUGAAAAAUUCAUUCAUUCAUUCAUUCAAUAAUGUCACUUGUUAUUUAAUAUGUUUAAAAACAAACCAAAAAACCCCAAACACUCGAUUGGGGGCCCCCUUGUGGCCAGGAGGCCCUUAGUUCACUUAUGGCUCAGGCCGGCUCUGCUGCAGACCAUGGUUAUAAGAAAAGGAUAGAGCUCCGCCCCCUCUGCCUUGAAGACAGUUUUGUCAUGGUGGCCACUCGUGGUACUGCAACAACAAAUACUCAUGCGGCCAAAAAAUUUCCCCAUUGAGCACAAGGCAAGGCAAGAGAUGCCUGUAAAAGUGUCCACAGGACAUCUGGAGACAUGGACACAGACAUGUAUACAUCUUUCUAUUCUAUAUUUUUAAUUCAUGGAGUUUUAUAUUUGUAAAACCUUCUUAAAGGCCGUAAACAGCCCAGAACAAUCUCAUUUCCCAGAGUCUGUGUACUGUCAGGGAACCGUACCACAUGAAAACUUUAUGAGAAAUGUGAAUAAACGUUUUAAAAUGAAAGUUUUCUUCCCCCCUGGCUUUAAUCUUC